UAAUUAUAAAAAACAUAUAUAGACUGUAAUUGCGUAUUAUGCACAUAUUUAUCAUUAAUAAUAACUUGAAUUAAUUUUGUUACCAUGUAAUUGUUUUAAAAAUUAAAUAACAAUAAUUUUUUUUAUUCGCCCUGUAUCAAAAACUAAUUUUUUAGUAUGAAUUUUAUGCAAUUUCAUCGAAAUAAUUUUCAUCAUAUUUUGUUGAAGGCGAAAAAUAAUUUAAUAAACAUUAGAAAUGCUACAUAUAUAAGAUUGGCAGAAGUAGGAAAAUUAGAAACUCCAAAAUUGCAAGGGAAAUAUGAAACUGGGCAAUUAAUAUUGCACCGAGUAUUUGGAUAUCGUGGAGUUAUUUUGUUUCCAUGGCUUGCCCGAGUUUAUGAUCGAGAUUUACCUAGUAAAAAGAAUGGAACUGAGGAAACAAAUCCAAAUAGUGUAGGUAAAGAAGUAAAAGGAAAAACCCAUACAUUUUACCAAGUUCUAAUCGAUCAACGCGAUUGUCCCUUUAUUAGAGCGCAAACUGAAGCCGUAACAUUUUUAGGAAAUAAUGAAAGUAGUCGAAGCUUAUACGCGAUCCCCGGGCUUGACUAUGUUGCACAUGAAGAUAUUUUACCUUAUUCAACAAACGACAAAACAGCUUUACAGCAUGAACUUUUUGAUAAAUUUUUAACAUUUAAUCCUGACAAUGAUCCGCCUUUUAUUGCACAAGAAACACUUCGAGCUUGGCAAGAAAAAAAUCAUCCAUGGCUUGAGUUAUCAGAUGUUCACAAAGAAAUGACUGAAAAUAUUCGUGUGACUGUUAUUCCGUUUUAUAUGGGUUGCAGAGAAACACAAACUACUUCCGUUUAUUGGUGGCGUUACUGCAUUAGACUUGAAAAUUUAGGUGAUCUUAGUGUACAAUUACGAGAACGUCAUUGGAGAAUAUUUAGUUUAUCUGGCACAUUGGAAACAGUAAGGGGUCGUGGAGUUGUUGGACAAGAACCAGUAUUGUCAAAAACAUUACCCGCUUUUCAAUAUAGUAGCCAUGUCAGUUUACAAGCACCUAGCGGCCAUAUGUGGGGAACAUUCAGAAUGGAAAGAGAAGACGGAUAUACUUUUGACUGUAGAAUACCACCAUUUUCACUGGAGUCUAAAGUCGAUGAAUCAUCGCCUAACGCCGAAUUAUGAGAUUCGGGUUACCAUUAAACGGGUUUCAGUUCAUUGAUAAUUAUUACUUCUACAAAUUAAACUGAGGAAAAAAUAUUGUAAAAGUAUAUGCAUUAAAUCGUAUGUUCGUCCUAUUUUCAUGAGAAUGAGUGUAUUUGAAAUGUCCGUCAUAUUUUUUCUGAAUAAUAUUUUCACCAACUAUAGUAAUGUGAUAAGUUUGCAUCAAAAUACAAAAGAAUCUAGUAAGUGUUCUUUUAAAUACUUUGAGUAAAUUUAUUAGAUAAAAUACAAAAGUUGAGUAUUAAUAACUAAUAGUUAUCUUGUAAUAAUGCGUAGACGAAACAAAGUGAGAACAACAUGAAAUUUAGAAAAAAAUAUAUGCUUUAAUGUAAACAAAGAUGGUGUAAAAACAGCCUUUUACAGUUAAAUGUUAGAAAGAACAGAAAAUAUAUAUUUUUUUAAUUUUAAGUUGCACCCUUCUCUUUGAAAUGGAAUCGCUAACAUUUUAUAAAAUAUGCAUUGAAAUCAUGUAAGAAGGAGUUAGGUAUUUAAAUAACUUGUCCAAAUGUGUUGAUUCUUUAAACUCUGAGAUCCAUGCUUUAGACCUAUAAAUAUGGAACUAUGCCUAUGUUAAUUAUAUGUGUAAUUGUUGUAUGUUAUUUUAUUAAAUUUGUAUAUAGAUUUCGUACUUUUCCAUUAAGCAUGCUAGAGUUAUUCUCUAAAUAAAAUCCUCUGAAUAAAAAUACAUGAUUCAAUUGAAGUUAAUUAAUGAAUUAUCUUAUUUAAUUAAUUAAAUAAAAAUCGAAAAAAGAGACCUGAUUCUUUAUUAGUUAUUUUCAAAUUUACAUCUUGGUAUUAAUAUUGGUUACCCAUCAACUUUACGGUACUUAUACGUCGGCCAUAGGACAUGGCUACCUACUAAAUUCGAUCAUAAAAUUAGUGGGACUAUUGUCCUUGAUUCGAAAUGAAUUGAUUUUCUGUAUCUUAAUCUCUGUAAAUAAUAUAGUACAUUCGUACAUAAAAAUGUAUGUCAAUAAACAAUUUAAGAAACA